AGGAGACCAUUGUCCUCCCAAUACUUUCCAUAUAUAAUUCAUUCAUUCAAUUCCAUCUUUUUCUUCAAGUUAAAUAAGUUUUUGUGCUAAACUACUUAUACUUCUUGGAAAAGUGGUGCCUGCUAGCUAGCUUAGUAGAGAUGGAGAUGAGCAGAGAUCAAGAUCAGGGCCAUGCAGGAGUAGUAAUGGUCAUGCAGCGUGCAGAGAUCGACACCCGAGCGCCUUUCAAUUCUGUUAAAGAAGCAGUCAUGUUGUUCGGAGAAAGGGUUUUGGCCGGUGAAAUCUACUCCAAGCAGCUCAAAAUACGAGCUGCAGCAAGUGAUCAAACUGGGAAUGCUCAAUCUAGGCUUGGAGCCUUGACAGCUGAGCUUGAAGAAACAAAGAAAAGCCUUCAGAAAGCUAGGGAAGAAGGUAACUUCAUGGCAACAUGCAUAAGAUCCCUUAGAGAAGAGCUGGAACAAGCAAAGAAAGAAAUACGUGAGUUGAAGAAGGUAAUGGAGUUCCAAAAAGAUCAGCAGGCUGAAACUGAGAUCGAAGACCUCAAGUUCGUCGAAAAUGAAAAAAAAGUUGAUCAGAUCAAGACACCAAAAACAGAAGAAGCAAAGGAGUUCCAGAGGAAGAGAUACGUGAAAUUUGCAAGCCCUCCUUCACUGGCAAAGGUUAUAAUCAGUGCUGCUGAAGAUGAAGAUCAGUUUCUGGAGAGACCCCCUUCUCUUAAGAAGACAAAGAAGAAGUCUUUGAUACCACUCAUAGGAUGGCUUUUUUCAAGAAAGAAGGGAAGCCAUGAAUGUGAUUCUCCAAGAGCUUGAGUCUCUCUCUACUGGUUAAAUAAGCAAAUUAAAGUUCCUUCGCACAAGCAUGUUAGUCAUAAGUAGUACUUGAAGUGAGAACCAUCUUUACAAAGCCAUUAAUGCCAUUUUUUUUAAAAGAAAAACAUAUAAAUUCAUAGAAAAGUAUCUUUUUUUUUUUUUUUUUUGGUUUUUAGCAAGAAAUUUUGAUUGGAAUUAGUAAAUAAUCGGAGAUCUCAGCUUUAUACCACAGUUGAUCAUUAUAGUAUUUUGUUCUAUUUGCAUUAUUUUCUGUUCUGUCCAUUUCCUUCCUUAUUAGUCCCUCCUCUUUGUAGAAAAAGAAAUAUAUAUAAUAAAUAGUGGGAAACUUUUCUUGUUUUGAA